AUGUCGUUGACCGCAGUAACCCACACCAAGAAGAAGUCGAUCCUGUCUUCUUUUGCACUUCGGCGAUCUGGAAGUGAAAUGAGCUUCCCAACACAAGCCGGCCGCAGUGGAAAAGGCGAGGAGGCCCGUGUCAUAUCCUUCCAGAAGGCUACUCAAAUCCAGGUUCCCGAGAGAUCCUCCCCGCCGAUUCCCAGGAAAUCUUCGAGACGCAAUCGUCGGGGCGACAUUCAGCAGAGACGAAUGUCGUCGCAGCGCGAAAAUGCCAGCCUGGCGAAAGUUCUGCCCAAGUCAAGAACGGUGGCGCUCAAUCCUCUUCCAAUGAAUCCCCUCAGGAUGAACCCGGUGAGACUAUCAUCAUCGACCUCGAUGCCUCUAACCAGGAUAUCCGAGCAAGCCGACCGUCAGUCAAAUGACCAGCCAGAUGGUCCGUCCAGUGGCCCAGACGGCGGUCAAACCCAUAUUCACUUGCCACAGGAUGCCAAGAUUAUGCCCGAUGAGAAGCACAUUUCCCAGAAGCCCGAUGAGAAGCAUAUUGCCCACAAACUGGACAUGAUGCUUGCUCAGACAAUGGCCCUGAAGCCUGUGCCAUUACCGCAGCCUGCGCGCAUCCCAUCGAGCAGCACCAGUUCCAAGAUGACUCGGCUUGUGAAACAGAACCUGUUCAAGAAGAUGUCAAAUGCUCUAGCAGAUCGACUCCACUCUAAGAGCCAUGCAAAGGAGCCACGGACAAGGACACAAGACAAUCACAAGCAAGUUGAUGUCUUCAUUGAACCCCGGCCACAGGUUCCGAUACCAGAGAAACUGUCUUCAGUGCCGACAGUCAGAAUCGGUCUCAAAGAGAGCGCCAACUUCAGCAAGGACCAAGACGAGAAUACUGUAGGCGAACAUGUCCCGCGCACCAAUCUUCCUGAAAACCGCGAGUCUCUUUUGCAGCCCAAACUGUCUGAGGAUCCCUUCUCGGAGGCUCCCACCGUCAAGCGACCCGUGACUGAGUUUGAGAACCGGCUCCGGACCAACUCGCUAGACGAUUCUAUCACAGGUGCUCCUUUAAGGACUAAUCCCUUUGAGACGGAGAAGCUAUUCGAGAGCAAGAUUGACUCAAUGCUCCCCUCGCCGCCUGUUGCCUCGUCAACACCUCGAAGCAAGUAUGGGCGAUUCCAGCCUUUGAAUGAGAGCCCAACAAAGAGAUCCCGGGGCAUGGCUACACGGGAUGGUUCGUCGUCCGAGUCUGGUGCUUCUCCUGCAAGUGAAUCCAAGGAUGCGCUGGUCCAGAAAUUUGACUCGUGGGAAAAGAAGAGAAAACCUGGGAGCAACAAACGGCUGAAGCCACACCUUGCUCUUUCAUAUAUCCCAGUCAUUGAUAGCGCGGACCGGAAGAAGCACCCCUCACCAGCCAAGAGAGAUCUCGAACUUAUGGAAAAGGAACUCCGUCUACAAUACCCCGGUAUCAAUUUUGGGUUUGCGAAAGAGAAUGACGACACUGACGAGCUAGCGAGCAGCAUAGUGACUUCACCGAUCAUGUCCCGUGCUGAGGCGGGAGUACUAAGACGCCUUGGGGUUUGCAAGGUUUCGAAUGCCCGUAAUGGCCCUAACGAUGGUGAUGGACUUGACACACAGAGCAAUAACGGCAAUAAGAUGCUGAAGCGCAUGUCUAAUCAGAGAAAGCCGAGUCAUACCACGCGGCCAGCGGGGAUGCCCCGUUCUCAUACCGAGAGCCGCUUUCCCGUUGCCAACUUCGAUUCUCACAUGGACCUGGACGAGUUGCAGAUUGACGCUCCGGUAAUGUCGUAUGGAUUUACGCAGAUUGGUUCUCAGGCGGUGUUUUAAUGAGGCUACCUGGCGGUCAUAACGAGAAGAAGACGCAUGACGGUGUGUAGGAUAUUGUCGGUCACCUAUUGCUAGAUGGUUGUCAUAGCUUGCGACAUUCUCCAAACUCUGUCCCUAGAACGAGUUGGGGGAAAAUGCUCUAGUACCACGAUAUCGGUCUUGCCUGUGUCUCGAGGGACAACACUAUAGGCUACGAUAGGGGGUGGUAAGAGGUCGGUCAUGUCUACACAUGUGGCGUUCGGGGCCAAUCUUUCAGCAGGCG